AUGCAUCCUGAUCACCUAGUCCAGGAUGAGGAGAAAUCAAUUCAAUCCAAUAACUAUGAGGACUCCAGUGUUUACGAACCCCUUUCGAUUCGCAAGUAUGCUGCGACCAGAGUGACCUCCCUCAAGCCGCCUAUGGCAAAGGUGCCUAAUCCUGUCAAGCUACUAGCAAUGUUGAAUAAAAAACAAUGGGCUUUCUUUAUGGUCUCAUUUUUUGCAUGGUCAUGGGACUCCUUCGACUUCUUCACCGUAUCUCUUACUGUCGAUGAUCUGGCUGAAUCAUUCAAUAAAUCAACAACCGAUAUCACCUGGGGUAUCACCUUGGUCCUGAUGCUACGAUCCGUUGGUUCAAUUAUAUUUGGCAUCGCAGCCGAUCGAUAUGGAAGAAAAUGGCCCUUUAUCGCCGCACUUAUCUUAUUCAUCAUCCUAGAGCUUGCAACUGGCUUCUGUCAAACAUAUAAGCAGUUCCUCGCAGUUCGUGCUUUAUUUGGAAUCGCGAUGGGUGGUCUCUACGGGAAUGCGGCAGUCACUGCUCUAGAAGACUGUCCCGUUGAAGCGCGCGGCCUUGUAGGAGGCUUGAUGCAACAAGGAUACGCUUUUGGAUACCUCCUCGCGACGGCAUUCUCUCGCGCUCUGGUAAACACAACCUCUCAUGGUUGGCGACCAUACUUUUGGUUCGGCGCCUGUCCACCAGUCCUUAUAAUUAUCUUCCGCCUCUCUUUACCCGAGACAAAUGCAUUCAGAAAUCGACGUGAGCUGCAAACCGGACAGGGGAAUCUAGUAGCGAAAACAUUCAUAUCCGAGGGAGGGAGGGCACUAAGAGACCACUGGCUCGUCUUUAUUUAUCUGGUGCUAUUAUCCACCGGCUUCAACUUCAUGUCACAUGGCACCCAAGAUCUAUACCCAACGAUGCUUGAAAACGAGCGAGGUUUCUCGGCCGACGCUGUUACUGUGACCGAGGUUAUUGCAAACUUAGGCGCAAUGACCGGUGGUGCGACAACCGGUUAUUGCUCACAAAUCUUCGGCCGACGAUUCAGCAUUCUUGUUGUUUGUGUCAUCGGUGGGGCUCUUCUAUACCCAUAUAGCUUCGUGAAGACCGAGGCAGUGACUGCUGCGGCGUUCUUUGUCCAAUUCUGUGUUCAGGGUGCUUGGAGCGUCAUGCCUAUAUACAUGAUGGAGCUGGCGCCGAGCUCGUUCCAAACUUUUGUUGUUGGGUCAGCCUAUCAGUUUGGGAAUCUUGCCUCCUCAGCUUCGUCGACUAUCGAGGCUACACUUGGAGAGCGUUACCCUCUUGCUCCGCUUGCUCAGAGCGAUGGCUCCGUUGUAGCCCGCUAUAAUUAUGGAAAGGUUAUAUGUAUUUUCAUGGGAGCGAUUUAUGCUUACAGUGUGCUGUUGAUCAUUGUUGGACCUGAAAAACGGGGCUAUGAUACUACCAAUGUGGAUGAUGAUUCGAAUAUAGCCCAGACCAUCAUGCGUGAAAGAGAUAUUUGA